AUGUCCCAGCUUGUUAUCAGCCGACUAUUCAAGCCCUCUGGCUUCAACCGGAUCUUGAAGUCAUCUGUCUGCAAAGAUGUCAUCAGACAUAACAAGAAGGUUCGGAUGUUCUCCUCUAAGCCAAUAUACUCGUACAUGUUGAUCGACCAUCUCCUUAACGCCACACACUGUUCCAAUGAUCAAGCAUACUACGAUGCUAAAUAUAAAAAGGAACUCGUGAUUAAGGACAAGGGACUUGCAGAUGAAGUCCGAGAGGCGAUGACUGUUGGAUUUUCACGUAAAGAUGAAUGGGAAGCUAGCUUGGAGAAAUCGGAGGAUAAUUCCACAAGUCUCGUGCUGGUCAACAACACCAUGAAACAUCAUCUACCUCCACUGCCUAGUACUUCCCUGAUUCACAACGUGGCCAUUUCCAACUCUCCCGACAUAGAGAAGGAAGAUUUGGUCGUGGCGGUCAAAUUCUUGGGAUCUCAAGUGAGUCUGUGCAAGCCCUUCAGCAACUCUGACUCUGGAUGGACCAACAUCAAUGCCUCUGGCUCUGUACACCCUUUCUCGAGUCUUCUAUAUUCAAAGAAGAACAAGAAGUUUCUCACUGUCAGUGCUUCUGGGAAUUACUUGUGGUCCGUGGAUCUCCAUUUUAAGGAAGAGGAGGAUGAGGAUGAGGAUGAGGAGGAGGAGAAGUGUGUCCGCCCCGAGUUCGCCGUGUUGUUAGAUAUGAAUGACUCUCUCGAGAAGCUGUGGCGCUUUAGAUUGGAAAGCUUAAUCUGGUGUUCCAGAACGGACCACCUGGUGGAGUCACCCUCCGGUGAACAUUUCCUCGUCAAGUGGUUCAGAGAGGACUUGAUGGGCAAGAAACACAAGGAGGUGAAAAUAAUGACCCAGCAAACAGAAGCGUUCUUGGUGUUUAGAGUGGAUACAGUUUGCAGUGACUUGAUUUACACACAAGAUAUUGGAGAUCUUUGUAUAUUUCUUGGACAUAGUGAAGCGUUCUGUGUCCCGGCGAGCUCGUCCCCUGGACUCAGGCCUAACUCCAUCUAUUAUGUGGGCUCUACCUUUGGUGUUCACGAUAUCGCAAACUUUCGUACCACUACCUUCUUCACAGAAGAUAAAGUUAUGUUAAGGUCCACUGAGUUCCCUUACUGGCCUACUCCUUUCUCUUGCUGUUGA